CGAGGGGGCGGUACGCACCCUGGGGGAAACCAAUGAAAAAACCAGGCCCGGCCCGAGGGGGCGGUGCCGUCGGUCACGUGCGUACCUGCGGCCGGGGGGCCCAGCGCGCCCGCAAGGCCAGCCCGAGGCUGGGAGCGGACCGGGCGGGGGGCGGGGCUAGGCAGGUGAGUGACAGGCUCGGGGGCCGGCCCAGCCGGGAGUCCGGAGUGAGCCGGGUGUAGCUGCGGCGGUGCCCGCCCCCUCUCCGCCCCUCCAGCGGAGCUGCUCUCCGGCCGGGCACCGUCGCGGGCCCCCCUGGCCCGGCCACCUGGGACCGUGCUGGGGUGUCGGCCACCUCCCUCUCUUUCCCCUCAUCCGCAAAGUUUGUGGCGGAGCCGGCGCUGGGGCAGAGCGAACCCCAGGGGGGGAGGAUCGGGGAGCGCCCGAUGACGGGCGGCAGGAGCCGUUGACCCCGGGCGCCGCUGUCCGGGACGGGAGUGUGGAGCAGUUGACCAACCCGCCGCCUCCGGUGCAUGGGGCCCGGCUUGAGGAUCCAGCAUGGGCAACUGCGUGGGGAGACAGCGCGGAGAGAGGCCGGCCGCCCCGGGACACCCCCGCAAGCGAGCAGGACGCAAUGAGCCCCUGAAGAAGGAGCGGCUAAAGUGGAAGAGCGACUACCCCAUGACGGACGGGCAGCUGCGGAGCAAGCGGGAUGAGUUCUGGGACACAGCACCUGCCUUCGAGGGCCGCAAGGAGAUCUGGGACGCCCUCAAGGCUGCCGCCUAUGCGGCUGAGGCCAAUGACCACGAGCUGGCUCAGGCCAUCCUGGAUGGAGCCAGCAUCACCCUGCCGCAUGGCACUCUCUGUGAAUGCUACGAUGAGCUGGGCAAUCGCUACCAGCUGCCCAUCUACUGCCUGUCGCCACCCGUGAACCUGCUGCUGGAGCACACGGAGGAGGAGAGCGUGGAGCCACCGGAGCCCACGCCCAGCGUCCGCCGUGAGUUCCCGCUGAAGGUGCGCCUCUCCACGGGCAAGGACGUGAGGCUCAGCGCCAGCCUGCCCGACACAGUGGGGCAGCUCAAGAGGCAGCUGCACGCCCAGGAGGGCGUCGAGCCGUCCUGGCAGCGGUGGUUCUUCUCUGGGAAACUGCUCACAGACCGCACGCGGCUCCAGGAAACCAAGAUCCAGAAAGAUUUUGUCAUCCAGGUCAUCGUCAACCAGCCCCCACCACCCCAGGACUGAGGAGCCUGCGGAUCCCUGGGCAGCAAGGCCAGGGAGGGCCUCGGGGGGCUGAGCACCAGGCCCCUCCCUGCUGCUGCCUUGGAGUGCUGAUAUUUUCCUGAGGGGUGCCUCCCUGCUGUUUGGCUGCUGGGCGAGCCGUAAAAGGGACCUGCCUCCCAGAGCCACCGGGGGCCACCAGUGCCCAGCACCCAGGAAGCAGUGCUGCCACCAGGCCUUGCCAACCCUGUCAGAGAAAAGGAAAACUGGGGCCCUCCACCCUGCCCAUCUCCAACAGCAGGUUCGAGCCAUGAGGGCCAGCUGGAGGCCCCUGAAGCCCAGUUCAUCUGGUGCUUCCAGCUGUGCUCACUCGGUUUUCUGCUCAGGGUCUGAAGCAGCUGCUGUCUCCCUCCCCUGCCUCUGUCCCCUGGCUCUGCCUGGGCACAGUGCCAGUGCCCUGGAGGGGAGGGACUGCUCAUGAGCCCCAGGAGCUGGGAGCCUGAAGCCAGCCUUUGCCUCUCCUGCCCCCAGCACAAUUGGCAGAGAGGCGGCGGUUGGCUGGACAGCUGGGCUGCUGUGGCGGGGGUCUGCACUGGGCCAUCUCCUGGCUGUAACCCAAUCGAUGGGGUGCCUGCAGCCAGUCUUGGCCCCACAGCAGUCCCUGUGUACAGAUAUAUCUGCAUAUUUAUCAAUAAAGCCUUUUGCUCCUUC